GGCGCGGCGAAGAUGCUUCGACCGUGCCUUUUCCAUUUGUCGAGGCAGCCAGCGUCGAAGCAUCUUAUACCGUUCGUCCUCGUGGGCAUUCCAAGCGGGAAUUCUCGAAAGCCAGUUGUGCCGUAGAAACACGCGUCGCGGCCUGCCGCUCGCCGGUACUUUCAAGUGCUCGUAAAACUGCUGUUUUCUCGCUGUGUGCUGUUUUCGAGUAUACCGAAUUUUCCUGACAAGGGACCAACUAUCGAGUACCAAAAGUAGUUGAGUAACUACUUGACCUCGACGUCCACAAAUCUUACGCUCAAAUUCUGGUGAACUGUUGCAGUGUUUGUGCGAAUUCUUAUUAAUUAUACAGUAGAUUUGAAUAUUACGUGGCAGGAUGGAUGCUGAAACUGGGGCCAUUCUGGCCCUGCAAAUAUUAGCUCUCUGCUCGAUCGUUGCUGCCCUGCUGGCUUAUCUAAUGCGGCAAUCGAGGAAUGCCACCGAUGAGUACGAGUCCCGUAACAAACGCCACGUACUCGUUACGAGCUGCGAUACGUGCGUGGGUCUACAGAUCGCCCUUGCACUCUACGAAGCUGGUUACAAGGUGUUUGCUGGCUUGCUAGAUCCCUCGUCCCCAAAUUCACCGUCGAUGAAAAUCUUAAGGGCAAUCGAGCAACAGAAAGAAAGAGAGGAGGAUCCAGCGAGCACGAGCCACGGGAACCCGCAAGAACCGGAAGUACGUGCUCGCGGCCAAAUCGUGCCAUUGGAACUGGACUCGACGAGAGAAGACAGUUUACGCGCUUGUUUGGAUGCUGUUAGGGCGAAACUUCCGGCUGGCGAAGAUGGUCUCUGGGCAAUCGUGCACACUGGCGGCUUGGCCCUACCCGGUGCCAUAGAGAGACAACCGAGUUCGGCGUGGGAAUCUAUGCUGCGACAUAACUUGGUGGCGCCGCUUAGAACCGCCAGAAUGUUCAUCCCCCUUUUACGUGCAAAAAGAGGACGCAUCGUUCUUUUGGGCGAUUCCGCGACAAGCUACGGCUCGAAAAUUGGAACAGGACUGGUAGCGUACAGCGCUUCCAGAAAGGCCGUAGAAGGAGCUGCAGAAGCAUUAAAAAGUGAACUACAAUCCUCUGGGGUCGACGUCGUCCUCCUGAGGCCGCCGCCCGUGAAUCCCCUUAUUCUUUAUAAUUUGCCAGUUCUCAAAACCUGCGACGUGGAAUCGGGAAUAAUAUCUUCGGAGGGGACAUGGACCGCACCUGUAUCUACAUACGCCAUUCAAAACUCGUUAAUCCCCGCGCUCACGUCACCGUGUCCGCGUAUUUCUUACGACAUGGCUGCCAAAGCGAAACUCUUCUGUAGAUGAACUAAUUUUCAAUUAGUUUAGCUAACGUAUAUCCGAAUCUUGACUGGUUUUGUGUCGAAUUAUGUAUUAGUUAGGAAUAUUUUACAAGACUAAUAACUGCUAACGCAACGUCGACAAGUUUGAUAUUGAAUGCAUUUUAAUUUCAUAUCGUCUAGUUAAAUGCGUUUUUAAGGAAGAUAGAUAUAUAUAUAUAUAUAUACAUACAUACAAUGUACAGUUUUGUAAUUAAUCUAAUGUUAAUAGAGAUUAACCGUAAUUAA